CUGUGACUCUCGGCAGGACUGCUCCGAUGAGAGUGAUGAAGACCCAGCAACUUGCUCAAAGCAUCUCGCCUGUGACUUUGAGUCGGGUUUCUGCGGUUGGGAGCCAUUUCUCACAGAAGAUUCACACUGGAAGCUGAUGAAAGGAUUGAAUAAUGGAGAGCACCACUUUCCUGCAGCUGAUCACACAGCAAACAUAAAUCAUGGAUCGUUUAUUUAUUUGGAGGCACAGCGCCCCCCCGGGGUGGCCAAGCUUGGAAGUCCUGUUCUUACAAAAUUGCUCACUGCCUCUACCCCAUGUCAGGUGCAGUUUUGGUAUCAUUUGUCUCAACAUUCAAAUCUCUCAGUUUUUACAAGAACGUCUCUAGAUGGAAACUUGCAAAAGCAAGGCAAAAUAAUCAGAUUCUCCGAAUCUCAGUGGAGCCACGCAAAAAUUGAUCUCAUUGCAGAAGCGGGAGAAUCUACUCUACCUUUUCAGUUAAUUUUGGAAGCUACUGUUUUGUCAUCAAAUGCUACCGUUGCUCUAGAUGACAUCAGUGUGUCCCAGGAAUGUGAAAUUUCCUAUAAAUCACUACCAAGGACCAGUACACAAAGCAAGUGUAAGUUUUCCCUUGUCCUUGUUGCUGUUUUAAACAUUGAAUUAAGCUCUUCUCAGUAUCAAAAUAUAAAAUGUAUUAGAGUCACGAAUACCUAA